CGCUCCCUCUUUCGCUGAACGCGGAUUCCUUAUUCUAGUGCACGAUAAACUGUCCUCGUUUCCUACGCUGCCUGAUCCCUCUCUCUCUCUUUCUCUCUCUAUAUAUAAUUGAUUCGUUAUUCGCCGGAGCUCGGCGUGGCAAUCGAGCGGGAAGGAUUUCACUGCUCAAGGAAUUUCUGUUCUUUGGGUUGUGUUUCUGGCUGUUCUCUGUCCUGAAAUUCUGCAGAAAAAGUCAUCUUUUGGUCAUUUCUGAGAAACCCAUUUUCUUUUUUCUUAGGGAAAUUGGGGGAAAAUCAGUGGUAUUUGACGAGGAAAGUUACCCAUCUAGGGAAUUGUAUUGCUUGAAUAAUCAAAACCCUUUGAUUGUAUCAAUUGUUGAUCAAACUCCAGAUUCUCAAUUCCUUCCAAGAUGAGCCAUUCGGAACUGGAGAAACCCUUGGUGUCGCCAUCUUCAUCCAGGAAGCUUCCUGAUUUCAAGCAAUCUGUCAAACUGAAAUAUGUAAAACUUGGAUACCAUUAUCUUAUCACCCAUGGAAUGUAUCUAUUCUUAGCUCCUAUGAUCGUUGUCAUCGCGGCUCACCUUUGGACACUCUCAAUUAAAGACUUUUAUGUUCUUUGGGACCAUCUCCGAUUCAAUCUCAUAUCUGUGAUCUUAUGCUCGACGCUUCUGGUGUUUUUAUCCACCCUUUACUUCCUUACUAGGCCUUGCCCUGUUUACCUUGUGAAUUUCUCGUGCUAUAAGCCAGAAGCAGCUCGUCAGUGCACAAGGCAGAUUUUCGUGGAAAGGUCGCGUCUGACUGGCUCUUUCAGCGAAGAAAGCAUCCAGUUCCAGAAGAAAAUUCUCGAGAGAUCUGGUCUUAGUGAGUCAACUUACCUCCCUGAAGCAGUUUUAAGAGUGCCACCUAAUCCAUGUAUGGAAGAAGCGAGAAAAGAAGCCGAAGCUGUAAUGUAUGGUGCCAUUGACGAGCUUUUGGCAAAAACAUCUGUGAAACCAAAAGAUAUUGGGAUUUUGAUUGUGAAUUGUAGCUUGUUCAAUCCAACGCCCUCCCUUUCUGCGAUGGUUAUAAACCAUUAUAAGCUUCGAGGAAACAUUAUUAGCCAUAAUCUGGGCGGCAUGGGUUGUAGUGCUGGUUUGAUCUCAAUUGAUCUCGCUAAAGAUCUUCUUCAGGUCCAUCCCAAUACAUAUGCUCUGGUUAUCAGCAUGGAAAAUAUCACUUUGAAUUGGUAUUUUGGUAAUGACAAAUCAAUGCUGCUUCCAAAUUGCUUGUUUCGAAUGGGAGGGGCAGCAGUUUUGCUCUCAAACAGAAGGCGUGAUUGGCAUCGAUCCAAGUACCAAUUGGUUCACACUGUCCGGACUCACAAAGGUUCUGAUGAUAAAUGUUUUUCAUGCAUUUACCAAGUGGAGGAUCCGAAUGGCAAGCUUGGGGUGUCACUGUCAAAGGAUCUGAUGGCUGUUGCCGGGGAUGCUCUGAAGACUAACAUCACCACAUUGGGCCCUCUCGUGCUCCCGAUGUCUGAACAGUUGCUCUUCUUUACCACAUUGGUCGGCAAAAAACUUUUCAAGAUGAAGAUAAAGCCCUACAUCCCUGAUUUUAAACUGGCUUUUGAGCAUUUCUGCAUUCAUGCUGGAGGAAGAGCUGUGCUGGAUGAAAUAGAGAAAAACUUGCGCCUUUCUGAUUGGAACAUGGAGCCCUCGAGAAUGACUCUCUACCGAUUUGGCAACACUUCAAGCAGUUCUCUCUGGUACGAAUUGGCAUAUACAGAAGCCAAAGGGAGGAUGAAGAAGGGUGACAGAACAUGGCAGAUAGCGUUUGGAUCCGGGUUUAAGUGCAACAGUGCAGUCUGGAAGGCUCUGAGGACUAUCAAUCCAACAAAGGAGAAAAAUCCAUGGAUGGAUGAGAUUCACCAGUUCCCGGUAGAUGUUCCGAAAUUUUCAGCCAUCUGAAACUCUCCUAAAACAUUUCCCUUUUCCAUUGGUUCUGGCAUUUUGGUAAUUGGAGCCCCUAUGAGGAUGGCUAAAAUCUUUUUCAGGUUCGGAUGCCAAGACACACAGAACAGAGUGCUAAAAACUUAUGGAUUGUUGGUUUUAGCACAAGAUUCUUUUUCAUUCUUAAGAGAAGCUGAGAUUUUUUUAGUUGUAGAAUUUUUUUAAGAGUUGUUUUCAGCUUUGGACCAGACAGACUAGGAAGAAGAGCUUGUGAAGCUUUGGACCGAACUUGGUAUCUGUCUCCUCACUCUUGUCUUGGUCAAAUUAGUUGUUGGGUUCUCUUUCUUUUCUUGCAAUGAAUGCCAAGAAAAUGGAACUUUCAAAGCA